CGUCAGCCCAGUUUUUUUACCGACAUGUCGCGACCAGACGAUCGAGGACAUUCGUCGUCGCCUCAGUCUAUCAGGAUAGACAUGGACCACUCUCUCAGGAGGGAAGAUGGUGGCCCCAGGCGGUCACCGACAAUGAUGAGGGCGUUUGAUGAUGAGGAUGCUCGCGAGAGACAGAGGCAAAUGGAUGUGGACUCCGCUCUUCAGCUCUCGCGAUCACGAAGCACCACACUUCCCAUUCCUGGCCAGCAGCAAUCGCAUUCUAUUUUAAGCCAUAGCUUGUCAUCUGGUCCAUCUCCAAACUCUCCACCUCUUCGGGGUGGCAUGGGUCUGAUGGACCACGACUUCCCCACCCUUUCGGAAGCGGAGGAGCGAGACAUGCAGCUGGCUCGAGGUGGCAACGGGGGCAUGGGUCCCUCACUCGCAGAUUAUCCAUAUCGUGAUGAACCAGAAGCAUCUGAUAUCAACCCAGAUGUUAUACAUACUGACCCACUUGAUGCCGAGCCUCCGCCGCAUCUCGGUGGUCACUCAACUAUCUUGCACCACGACCUCCGUGUCAACUUUCACGACCCGAUGCUCGACCCGCCUCCAGUACGCCGCCGUAACACGUUGACGGUUCCAUAUAGCCCUCAUGACCCCGUUAUCGGAAGCUUGGGGACACAUGACCCCCCUGCUGCUGGAUACUCAAACAACUUAUUAGAAGACCAAUCAUUUGAACACACCAAUGCCGUGUCUCAAGACGUCACGUCGAGGCCGGAGGUGUUUCGCUAUUCAGAAGCUACUGCAUCCCACCACCAACUUUUGAGCACCAAUCCGCCUGUCUAUCAACCCGCCUAUCGUUCGAAUUUCGACUACUCCCUUAUCGAGCGGUUCGCAGCCCAGGAACGAGCAGCUAGGAGUGCUGCAAGGGGCGUGAAUGGAAGCGCGAUGGGAGCGGAAAUACGACGCCGACUAGCAGAAUCAAGCGUUACAGCUCCUAAAGAGUCAGGGGAUGAUGCUUUUAGAGUUCAGAAAAACAUGACUAUUGCCGAAGGAGAUCUCGUUGGAAACACUGGCGACAAUAUCGGCCAAGAGACUCCCGAUGGUUUCCUAGUCAACUCAUCCCCUGCCCUGGAGGAGGGAUUUGUCCAGAAACGACAGCGGAAAUUGAGUCAGUCGAACCCAAAUCCUCGGCGGCAAGCGAAGCUGGCAAUGUUCGAAGGAGGGGUCGGGCUUCCUCUGACUUCCCAGCCAACCCCUCCCUCUCACCUUGCCCCUGGCGGCGCCUCCCCGGGCACUUAUGGUGUUUCAAGCGCCCGAGCGAACUUCUUUGGCCACUCCCAUCGCUCUGGGACGGUUGACUCUGCCCACGAUCGCCCUUACAGGUUUUCAUUUUACUCCAAUGCCAUGGCUCAGACUAUCCAUGCACGAAGCUUAAGUGAGAUCCCAGCAGAAGGACAAUCGUUCGAAGAUCUCUUCUUCGGGAGGUCGAACCAGGCCAAUGUGCCCAGUGAUCAAGAAACACCCUCAUCUGGUGGUAUUUCCACCGCCCUACAUCCCAAUGGAAUGCCGAAUAGUUUCAAUGCUUCUAUUUCCUCACACCCCACCCCCUUGAAUGGACGACCUGUUCGCUCUGGGAUGCCGGCGGAGGCGAGUCAACCAAAACCGAAAGAAGGAUUGUUCUCAAAACAUCCUGGUCGCACUGAGGGCCAUUCAUCCCCUGCUCCUGGUGGUGCGAUAGAUGAUGACCAGGACCGUUAUACAUGGUGGUUGGAUGUCCUUUCUCCUACCGACGAUGAGAUGAAGAUGUUCAGUGGAGUUUUCAAUAUUCACCCUUUGACUACGGAAGAUAUUUUGAUGGAGGAAGCUCGCGAGAAGAUUGAGUUGUUCCGUAACUAUUACUUUGUAUGCUUUCGUGGAUUCGACCAAGACGUUUACAGCCCUACUCAUCUGGAACCAUUAAACAUGUACAUUGUCGUCUUCCGAGAAGGCGUGCUUUCUUUCCAUUUCAGACCCUCGCCUCAUCCUCAAAGUGUCCGCCGGCGGAUUAAACAACUGCGGGAUUACAUUAAUGUAACCGCGGACUGGAUCUCCUACGCUCUUAUAGACGACAUCACUGACGCUUUCGGACCACUCAUUCAAAACAUUGAAUAUGAAGUGGACAGUAUCGACGAAUUGGUAUUGAUCCUGAAAGAUGCCGAGCAGACGGACAUGUUACGGCGCAUUGGAACGUGCCGAAAGAAAGUUAUGGGUUUGUUGAGGUUGAUGGGUAACAAAGCAGACGUUGUUAAAGGACUCGCCAAGAGAUGCAACGAGAAUUGGAGCGUGGCGCCGAAAUCUGACAUCGGACUAUAUCUGUCGGACAUUCAGGAUCACUUGGUGACCAUGACACAAAACUUGAACCAUUAUGAAAAAAUCCUAUCGCGUUCCCAUUCCAACUAUCUCGCCCAAAUUUCCAUCGAGAUGACGGACGCUAAUAACCAAAUAAAUGACGUGUUGUCAAAGCUAACGGCCCUUGGUACUGUUCUUAUUCCGAUGAAUCUUAUCACGGGCCUGUGGGGCAUGAACGUCCACGUUCCAGGCCAGGAUGUGGCAGUUGGUUACACUUGGUUCCUAUCCAUCAUAGGCGGUUUAGUUGGUUUCGGAAUCAUCGGAUUCUUUGCUGCAUCCAAGUUACUUGUGUCGCGGUAAUCAUUGCUGCUUGGUCUUGCUGACCUGACGAGUGUAUUUACCGGUCCUCAGCUAAAUCCUUUAUUCUGACAUUAGGCAUAUUGCAAUACAAACAUAGGCGAUGUGUACACUAAAUCCCUUGGUUCGACAGAAUAAUGUUGUUAGCAAAAUUAUAUAAAGAAGAAAAACAGAGAUUCAAAGAGUG